AUGGUGUCUCUGACCAAGAAAAACAAGCGGGCCUCGUCGGAAUCCGACGAGGAGAGUGGGUCAAAGGCCGUUAUUUCCGCCGCCACCAGCUUUGGCGAGCGUGAAAAUUCACCAACACCCAAGAGGUUCAACAAUACGACCUUAGAGGUCCCCAUCAUCAAUGAGAAGGUGCUCAUCAACGCUCUGGCCCAGGGACUGCGCAUGGGAGAAUUCUUCGACUCCCUUUCCAAGAAAGCCCUGACUCCCUUCAACGACCUACUCCGAAGGGCCAAAAAGUACAUCAAUGCCGAGGAGGCUCGCAGAAGCAGGACCCUAGAAACCAGUCACGCGACUGAAAAGCGCAAAGAAAAAGCCCGCGAAGAGACGAUACGCCCAGAGCCCCCCGCACGAAAGGAAGCAGGCACCAAGCGCAGAACCGAGCCCCGCUUUGACAACUACGCUCAUCUUUGCACGGCUCCGUCGGAGAUAUUGGUUACUAUAGCUAACCAUAUAAAGCUCAAAUGGCCACACACGUAUUCGGAGGUCCCAAUGAAACCCACCAGCGCGGGACCUUACUGUCGCUUUCAGAACGAUCACUUACACUCUAUCGACGAAUGCCUGCAUUUAAGAGACGAGAUCGAGAGGCUGAUUAGAGCCAAUAACCUCUCAGAAUUUGUGGAAAGUAGUCCGGGCACAACCGUGAAGCACCUGCGAAAGGGAGGUGGAACCCACCGAGCUAAGGAUAAGAUAAGCAAAGCUGCAGAGCCUCAACCGCCCAACAACCUUAUCCACACCAUUUUUUGGGGCCCAAUCGGGGGGAAUUCGAAUAGGUCCCGCCGAGCUCAUCUAGGAGAGCUUCAAGAGUUGAGGGGGGAGCUGGCAAUGAUAUAUAAUUUACUACGAGUCUUCAAGCAAAUGAUAUUGAACUUCGAGGUCCGGAUGUUAGACACGGCCCUCAUUGGUUUCGCCGGAGAAGUGAUACAACCGAUGGGAGAAGUAAUUAUGUCGGUGUCAUUGGGAACCGAGCCCCUACGAGCGACGCGCACGGUAAGACUCCUUAUUGUAGACGCCCCCUCCACCUACAACAUGAUAAUGGGACGCCCAUCGAUGAACUCGUUCGAGGCCGUCGUCUCCACUUUCCAUAUGAAGAUGAAAUUUCCCGUGCUAGACCGAGUGGGGGAGCGACGCAUCAACCCCGUCGGGUGGGAGAAGAGGGCAGACAAGCCAGGAAGUGACAAUAUUGGCUUAAUAGAAGAGAAAGGACCCCGAGUAGAACCUGAGGAGAAGGAUGAAUGUCACGUCCAGGCCAUGAAGGAGCUAAAGGUGGUCAACCUCAGCGAAUGA